UUUUUUUUUUAAAAGGGGACUCUUCAAUCGCAUGCUUUCGCAGAUUAAAAACUUGCUCAAAGGAGGCAAGCAAAAGCGAACGUCUGUAGCAAUGACGUCGUCAGAACAAGAGAAACGACAACAACAAGAGGAACAUUCUAAAGAAAACAAGAGCAGCAGCAGCGACGACGGUACUACUGGUUCCAAACGAACCCUCAUCGUUGCUGAUCCCAACAAGCUCUCUGUGCAGCCUUCGCUCACGGCACAGCAAAUAUUUGAACAGGAACGCAUUCGAAAGCGACGUUUGCCUAGUUAUGCCGGUUUAGAACGGUUUGAGAUAAUUGAAAAGCUUGGCGACGGUGCCUUUUCAAUUGUCUAUAAAGCACGCGAUAGUCAGACCGGAAAACUUGUUGCUAUCAAAGUUGUUCGCAAGCACGAAAUCGACAAGCAUGGUCGAACUCAGCAUUUGCAUGCAAGCUUGAAAAAGAAGCCACGGGCAACCGAGCGUGCCAACAUUAUGAAAGAAGUCCAAGUUAUGCAGAGCGGCAAACACCAGAACCUUGUGCAGCUGUUGCACUUUUCCGAAUCAGACGAUCAUUACUUUUUGGUCAUGGAGCUCUGUCGGGGCGGCGAGCUGUUCCACCAGAUUGUCAAACUGACAUAUUUCAGUGAAGACCUUGCACGCCAUGUGAUCCUCCAGGUUGCCCAUGGGAUCCGCCAUCUCCACGAAGAAUGUGGUGUCGUGCACCGGGAUAUCAAGCCGGAAAACAUCCUAUUCGAAGCCAUCCCGAUCGUCCCAUCCAAAAGCCCCAAGGACGCGUUUGAUGAAGACAAGGUGGAUGAGGGUGAAUUUGUGCCAGGCGUCGGUGGUGGCGGUAUCGGUCUUGUCAAGAUUGCCGACUUUGGAUUAAGCAAGGUCAUCUGGGAUCAGGCAACCGGCACCCCUUGCGGAACGGUCGGCUAUACGGCUCCCGAAAUUGUGCGCGACCAGAAAUACUCGAAAUCAGUGGAUAUGUGGGCAUUGGGAUGUGUGCUCUACACCAUGCUGUGUGGCUUCCCUCCGUUCUACGACGAGUCGAUCCCAGCGCUGACGCACAAGGUCGCCAAGGGCCAAUACACGUUCUUGAGUCCGUGGUGGGAUCCGAUCUCGGACGCAGCCAAGGAUCUCAUCACCCAUCUACUGUGUGUGGAUGCCGAUAAGCGAUACACCGUCGAUGAGUUCUUGCGUCACCCUUGGAUCACCCAACAACAGCAACACUUUGCGCCUGUACCGUCGCCUAUGCCGAUCGCUGCUAUACCUUCAGAGUUUGAUACCCAGACAACCAAAUCCAACCGUCGUCGCAAGGAUGCCUUUUCCCCCGGCGUCGCCUCCAUCAAGGAAAUCCUCGAUAUCACUUAUGCUGUCCAGCGGAUCGGCGAAGAAAAGGCUAGAAAGCUUGGCCAUCUCACCGAAGAGAAUGAAGAGGAGGAAGAGGACCAUAAAACCACACACAUCUCAAGGACGACGGAACAUCGUCAACUUAAGCCUUUUGCUCUUGAUCUAGACAAGGCAACCAUUCUGAAGAAUCGAAAGAAGGUAUCCCCUGUUGCGGCUUAGCCCAUGACAAUUGUUACGUACUUGGUAGUAGCUUUCCUUUCUACCAGACCCAUCAUUUUGCUCGCUUAUCUAUUUUUUUUUUUUUUUUGCUUUAUCCCCUCCCCAUUUUAUUUCUAUACACUUUUUGCUAUAAGUUUAAAAUGAAAGUCUUGCAUUAUUUUAUAUCACUACAUAUCUGCAUUAUACACAAAGCUUUUUAGAAGAGUCGAUCAUUUUAUGCAGUAGCCUUAAGCAGGCCUUUUUCCUUUGAUCUCCUUCUACAUACACCAGGGAAGGGGCUCAAGACCCAAAGAUGCGAAGGUGACAAUGGUCCAUCUAUUCAGUAACCAAACCUGCUUCUUCGCUAUGGGCUUGAUGUUCAAACUUUACUAGUUUCUCCACUUGUCCCAUACUAAGCAACACAAUAAAAAGAAUCAAGCAACAGUGCUGUGUAUAAU